GUGGCCAUUUAAAUUUAACAUCAUGAAGCUUCUUUGACUCUACAGGUUAUAAUUCUUGCUAGGGAAUCUGGAUUAAAGCUAGAAUUAUCAAAUAUUCCGGUUGAAAGCCUUGUGCCAGAACCACUACAAGUUUGUGCAUCAGCUCAGGAGUUUAUGCAAGAGCUAUCAAAAUUUGAUCAGGAGUUCACAAAGAAACAAGAAGAUGCAGAGAAUGCCGGGGAAGUCUUGAGAUAUGUGGGAGUGGUGGACGUGAUUAAUAGAAAAGGAGUGGUAGAGCUGCGAAGAUACAAGAAGGAUCAUCCGUUUGCACAAUUAUCUGGAUCUGAUAACAUAAUUGCAUUUACAACAAGAAGGUACAAGGAUCAGCCUCUGAUAGUUCGUGGGCCAGGAGCUGGUGCUCAAGUCACAGCUGGUGGAAUAUUUUCUGAUAUUUUACGACUUGCUUCAUAUCUUGGUGCUCCAUCAUAAGCGUCAAUCUGCGAGUAUAAUUUUGUAUGAUCUAUCUGCUUAUCUUGAUUUCCUUAGUAGAUUGUUUUAACUUAGUAAUUUUGUUAACCCGGCUUUUUUUAUUGAUCUUUUGUUUGAAACAUUAAUAAGGGAAUGGAGCAGAAUUUAGUUAACCUUGAUUGCGAGUUAUAUAUAAAGGAGAGGGAAAUGAACAGAGAAAUAUUAUAAAAAAGAGAUGUUUCUUUUACAUUCA